CCACACAAAUUCUACUCCGAUAAAUUAACCCCGACCCUCGGCCACCGCCCGCAAGAAAAGGACACCGGCACACUUUCUAUCCACCUCGAUCAUGUCGGUCGUCUCCUCCCCGCUCCGCCACCACUGUUACUACCACCCACGCCGUCCUCUGUUCCAAAAGUAUGCCCUGGACCAUCGGCUCCUCAUCCUCCCCUUCCCUCCCUCUCCCCUCCGCGACCUCGCUGUGCGGAUCUCGUUCUCCUCAUCUAUCUCUCCUUCUGAUGGCCCUUCUUCUCCGAGCAAUCCUCCUAUGGUCGAGCAGCCUGGUGGAAAGAUGGUGGUGGAGCUGGUGGGUGCCUUCAACGACUUGACCGGUAGGAUGGGCGGAGCUCUCUCCACCACUUCAUCUUCUUGGUUGCUCUUCAAGGCCCUAAAGUUGUCCAUUCCCUUGCUCCAGUCUCUUCCAAUAGCGUCUGAUGGUCGCCCGCCGUUGUCCCGCGCUCUUUCUGUUGCUUGCCUCCUCGCUGAUCUUCAGAUGGACGCAGAAGUUAUUUCUGCUGGCAUGCUUAGAGAAGCUUUAGAGGCAGGUGCUAUUACACUAUAUGAAGUGAAAAGUCAAAUAAGCACCAGCAUUUCCCAUCUUUUGCAUGAGACCAUGCGCUUAAGCCGUAUUCCUUCUAAAUUUGAGAUUUCAGAUGAUGAAAGUGCCAAUGCUUUGAGGAGAUACUGUUUAUCCUUCUAUGACAUCCGGGCAGUGGUUCUAGAGCUUGUUGGCAAACUUGAUAUGAUGAGGCAUCUUGAUCAUCUUCCAAGAUAUCUCCAGCAGAUAAAGUCUUUGGAGGUUUUGAAGAUUUAUGCUCCUCUUGCCCAUGCAGUGGGAAUCGGUGCAUUGUCCACUGAGCUUGAGGAUCUCUCCUUCCGAUAUUUGUUUCCCUACUCUUACCUAUACUUGGAUACUUGGCUGAGAAGUUAUGAGACAGAUGUUGGGCCCUUGUUAGAUGCAUACAAGGAACAGCUACUUGAAGUACUUGAAGUUGAUACUGAGUUACAAUUGAUGGUCAAUGACAUCUCAGUUAAUGGUCGAUACAAAAGCCGUUUCAGCACCAUGAAGAAACUAUUGAGAGACGGGCGCAGGCCGGAAGAAGUGAAUGAUCUUUUGGGUUUGCGGGUAAUCUUGAAUCCUCGACCAGGGGAUGACAUGCUUGAGAGGGGUAAAAGAGCUUGUUACAGGACACAUGAAAUAAUCCAAUCUCUGUGGAAAGAAGUACCCAGCAGGACAAAGAAUUAUAUAGCUAGGCCCAAGAAGAAUGGAUACAGAAGCUUACAUGUGGCUGUUGAUGUUAGUGAAAAAGGAAGGGUCCGACCGCUGCUAGAGAUACAGAUUCGGACAAAACAGAUGGAUUCUUUGGCUUCUGGAGGAGCUGCUUCUCAUUCAUUAUACAAAGCAGGUGUUACAGAUCCCGAUGAGGCAAAACGGCUAAAGGCAAUUAUGAUGACUGCAGCUGAACUUGCAGCUCUUCGUCUCAAAGAUCUACCAUCCACAGAUCAUAAAGGACUUGAGAUUGACCACAGAAACCGAAUCUUUCACCUUCUUGACAAAAAUGGUGACGGUAGAAUCAGCAUUGAGGAGCUUACGGAAGUGAUGGAAGAACUUGGAGCAGGAAGUAAAGAUGCUCAGGAACUCAUGCAACUUCUUGAUUCAAAUUGUGAUGGUUCCCUGAGCUCUGAAGAAUUCAAUUUGUUUCAAAGACAGGUUGAAUUUAUGAGGAAUAUGGAGGAAAAGGACGAUCAGUACAGAGCCAUUUUGGGAAAGAAGCUUCAAAUGAGUGACAGUACUGGCUUAAUGCAAGUGUACCGCAAGGAACUGGGGAGCAAGUUAGCAUUGAGCUGAAGCUAAUUUGAAUUUAACUAAGUGAUCAAACUCCCCAUAUGAAUAGAUUGGCUGAGGUCUUACAGAGACAGCAGAAGAGUGUGAUCCAUCAUGAUAGUGAGCUUCAGAAAUCAAAAGCAAAGCAAGAGCAACCAUGAUGGCUGAUAGAACCGCCAUAGUGGUUGAUGUCAAGUGAGCAUUAUCCUUCAACGGUUUGCAAUUCUCAACAAGAAUCUUGGAGAAUGCAUCCCUAACCAACUGACAAUUUGCGAGUCUUUCCAUGCGAGGAAAUCCAUCGAGUAUAUUCUGCAUUGAGCUUGCGUAGACCUGCACUCUUGUGUACGCGAUGGAUGAUAAAAAGUUACCAUGGCUGCAAGUUCCACUAUCAUCUGAGCAUGUAUGUUCCUUCAAGACCUUUGCAACAGUAAAAAUCAUGUAGCUUUGAUCAGUAAUGAGCCACAUUUUAAGAACACUUGGGGAUUACUCUAGAGAAAAAAAACUUACCUGAGGAACAUCUCCUAUUUUGAUUGUGUUGGAAGAACAAUUUCCUGGCUGAUAAGAAUACUCCGGUGGUCCA